AUGGCCUUUGUGCCAACCAAGAGGAAAAAGAACACCAAAUCCAUGAUGCAAGGAAGUAACCAACAACAGGCUGGCUCCUUAUCAGCUGACAGAGUUUGUUCAAAAAAUUUGACCGAGUCGCUAAGGCCAGUCUCUUCUAGAGGAAGACAGAACACGUUAGUUAUGUUUUCGCCCGGUCUGGUGCUGCAAUGGCAAAAACGAGGUGGUGACCAAAGAGCCAAGCACCGCUCUCCGCUGGGGUGUCCUCCCCACGGCAGCGGUCCCAGCGCCAGGCAGCGAGCGAGAGCAGCCUCAGCUCCGCAGAACCACGAACGGGCAAGCUCGACGUUCACCGUGGAAAAAGCUCGUUUCAGGUGGUUACGAGACAUUGCCGAGGCAGCGUUUUCCAUCAUGGACGUUGUGCCCUGGCUUGUUCGAACUGGUUGGGAGCCAGUGGUAUGGGUAUCAAUAUCCCAAAGGCUAGUUACAGAAGUAGUCACGAGCUGUUGUGGAAGCAAGCACCAGACUCACAAUUCCUAUGAGUUACCAGCUGAGAAAUCAGACCACGAACAGAACUUUCUUGCUAAGACUAAGAUAAUGGAUAAUAAAUCCAGCAAUGGUUUUGAGGAUGACGACAUCAUUACAUCAGAUACCACUUCUGAAACCGCACGUUUCUCCAUUUCCAAUUUUGCAGCUACUUCUACCAACUCUGAAGUGGAGCUUGACAACGCCAAGUCUAAUGAGAAUAGAACACAGGGUAAGGCAUGCCCUCAAGAAAAACAGCCAGAAGAAAAGAUACCAAAAGUACCAAUGGGACAAGGACCAUAUUUUUAUAUCAGUGGAUCUAAUGGAGCUGGGCUUGUGAGCAUCUAUUGCCAGAGCAGAGGCUGGCAGCGUAUCUAUGACAACAGAAGAGAGGAUUAUGCACUGAAAUGGUGUGAAAUCAAGUGCCGAGAGACCUAUUACCAUUUCAAAGAAGGCGAACAGCUUCUCUACCAGAUUCCCAACAACGGGGUCCUUACCAGUAAGACAGGGCUUUUAUGCUGCCUGAGAGAGCAAGAGCGGAUGAUCAAAAAGAUCAGUAGGAGCUCUAAUUCCAAGUUACUGAAGAUGGAAGAAUUCUUCCCAGAAUCUUUUCGCCUGGACUUAAUAGACGAGAGAAAUGCUUUUUUUGAGCUUUACAAAGAAGAACAGAUUUGGAUCUGCAAACCAAGUUGCUCUAACCAAGGUCGAGGAAUUUUCCUGCUUAAAAAUCCAGCUGCUGUCAACACCCUUCGAGCCAAGCUCCACAGCACUGAGGAAUACCUACUCAAUAAGAGGGUGCCAUACAAGGCUCCCCAGGCAAGAAUAGUGCAAAGGUAUAUUCACCAGCCUCUGCUCCUGGAAGGGAAGAAGUUUGAUGUCCGGUCUUAUCUCCUCAUUGCCUGCACAGCACCAUACGUGUUAUUUUUCGCCCAGGGUUACAUCAGGUUGACCUGUGUCAAUUAUGAUGCUGCUUCUGAUGAUCUGACUGUGCAUCUGACCAAUCAGUACAUGCAGAAGAAGAACUCCCUGUACAGCCAGUUGAAAGAUGAGACAGUUUGGCGGAUGGAGCACUUCAACAGCUACAUUAAUGAGAAGUUCAGAAAAACCAAUGGCCUCCCCAAAGACUGGGUUUUCACUGUGUUUACUAAAAGGAUGCAGCAGAUCAUGUUGCAGUGCUUCCUGGCAGCCAAGCACAAACUGGAUCGCAAACUGGGCUACUUUGAUCUCAUCGGCUGUGACUUUUUAAUUGAUGAAAACUUUAAGGUCUGGCUUCUGGAGAUGAAUGCAAACCCAGCAUUGCAUACUAACUGCAAAGUCUUGAGAGACAUCAUCCCAGCUGUAGUCUAUGAGAGUCUCGAUUUGGUUCUCGAGGUUUUCAACAAGCGCCUCAAAGGCCAGGGUGUUUUGCCUUUAGAGACGCUCUGCCAUUUUGUUCUUCUCUAUCAUGAGGAUGCUGCGGACCUUGGCCAGAAACAACCCUCGAAGCUCAGAACUGGCCUGCGUACAGGCCGGUAUCUGCGGCCACACACAGGCAGUACCAGCCGCUUUGGUCAUAGCCCUGCCAAGGAGCCGGAGAACUCUUCCAAGAAGCCUGGUUGCUCUAGAAAAAAAGGUUGCCUUGUCGCCCAGAAAGAAUUGUCAACAAACUCCUAA